GAAGCCCGUGUCGCGUCAGCCCGCGCAGCCUACGACACGUUUUGAAACCCAGACGUGAAAAAGAACCCGCGGUUACUUCCCCUUAAACUCCGCUAACAGACGGACGAUAUUUUUAGGUCAAGCAGAACAGAUAAAACAAAACCAUCACCAUGUCAACAUUCGAUGAGAAAGUAGAACUUUUCUUCAAGGAAGCCGACUUGGACAAGAGCGGAGAGCUGACGGUGCUAGAACUCGCUAAAGUCCUCCACAAGGCUGGAGCCGCCCCUACACCCGAGGAUGUCGUGAACAUGUUCCAAGAGAUGGACGCCAACAACGAUCAGAAGAUGACGUUGGACGAGUUGAAAAAGGCUCUCGCUAAAAGGGAUCCCAAAGCUGUUCAGGAAGCUGAACUCAGAUCUGCAUUUAAAGACUUUGACACCGACAACUCUGGCACCGUUUCAGUCAAAGAAAUCGAGGCUGUGCUGGCCAAACAAAAAAUCAAGGCCAAUGCCGAGGCCAUUUUCAAGAAAGCAGACGUCAACUCCGACGGAAAGAUUGACAUUGAAGAGUUCCUCAAGGCAUUCAGAGAGCAGAGUUAAUUAGGCCAAUUAGAGUUGGCACUUCGGGCGAGGCUAGUAUUACAUUUCCUGAGGGUAAUUCAUACUUUGAUAAAGUGAAAUUUAAUUCUGCGUUAAUAAUUCUGUAGUGUAUGCUUUAGUUUUUGAAAUUGCAUUUACGUUUCAUUCAACUAUUUGUAUUAUAGUUGUUUUGUAGAAAACGAAAUUUAAUUUAGAAUAAUUUGUUUUUAGAAUUGAAUUUGAAAAUAAUUUAAAAAAUGUUUAUACGUACAAAAAAAACGAAAAUAUUUUGCGAUUUUUAAGCCUCGAUUAGAAGUUAGAUUUUUAGAACAAAAGCACUAUCAAAUGUAUUAUAGCCCAAUAAAGAUAUUAUUUGUUUACAAUACUACUGUGGUUUUAAUGUGUUCUUUAAGUACUGCUGUCUGCAAUGGUUUUGAACCCAACUUGCUUUCAACAUUUUUACUUCUAAUUUUAUAAUUUAUAUAAACUAUAUCUAGAAAGUUUUUACAUUUUUUCUCUGUAUAGUGAGAUAAUAUCUACUAUUUUAAAAAUUUACUUUAUUAAAUUAGAAAAUUAGUAUUUUUUUUAAAAUGUACCCUCGCAUGUAGCAGAGAUAUUUUAAUGAUAUGAUCACAUAGUUCCCAGAAUAUUUUUCUUUUAAAAUCCAACUUAAAACUAUUUUACUGGGCAAACUUUUGAAACAAAAUCAAACACAAGACGGAUAUGAAAAAUGUCCGUAACAAAUUAAUUUUUGUUUGCAUAAUGCUAUCAUAUUAUUUUUAUAUUUAUGUAAUUCUUUAUUUUACAUAUUUAAUGAAGACAAUUGUAAUCAAAAUUAAUAAUGAGCACCAAAUUUUAAAAUAUUAAAUCACAAGCUAUUCACGCAAUAAAUUUCUCUUGCUUUUGUUAAGGUGUAUUAUGUUUACAUUUUUUUAAACAAUAAAUAAAUGGUGACUUCACUUU